AUUACUCGGUGGCGGGAAAGCGGCGGCUGCAGCGCGUCUUCCCGGACGCUGAGGGGCCGGAGGCGGCGGCGAGUCGCGGGCUGGCCGUGGGCGCCACCAUGGACGCGGCCGAGGUGGAGUUUCUGGCCGAGAAGGAGCUGGUCACCAUUAUCCCGAACUUCAGUCUGGACAAGAUCUACCUCAUCGGGGGCGACCUGGGGCCUUUCAACCCUGGCUUACCAGUGCAGGUGCCUCUGUGGCUGGCGAUCAACCUGAAACAGAGACAGAAGUGUCGGCUGCUCCCCCCCGAGUGGAUGGACGUGGAAAAGUUGGAGAAGAUUCGGGAUCAUGAACGAAAGGAAGAAACUUUCACCCCUAUGCCCAGCCUUUACUACAUGGAGCUCACCAAACUCCUGUUAAAUCAUGCUUCAGACAACAUCCCGAAAGCAGAUGAGAUCCGGACCCUGAUCAAGGAUGUGUGGGACACACGCACAGCCAAGCUCCGGGUGUCCGCUGACAGCUUUGUGAGACAGCAGGAGGCACACGCCAAGCUGGAUAACUUGACCUUGAUGGAGAUCAACACCAGUGGGGCUUUCCUCACACGAGCGCUCAAUCACAUGUACAAACUCCGCACGAACCUGCAACCUUCUGACAGCGCCCAGUCUCAGGACUUGUAGGCAGAGAGUGGUUUGUAGAGGCCCGUGUCUGCUGGCAGGAGGCUCAGCGGGUGGCCUGCGUGCUCGGGACGUGACAGAGGUACUCACAUUUCCAGAGUUCUAGAACCACUUCUGAAUGUACGCAGAAAAGUGCAGUGAAGCAAGGGAUGGGUUUAUAACCUUGUUGGAAAGCAACAGGCUUGUGCUUAGUCCUCGAGACAUUCUGUAAUUCCACGUCUGUAUCUGGGGAAUGAGAAAAGCAUUCGCAGAACGAAUGAUUUCCCUAGCAGAACUCCGGGUCUCCUGCACGGGACUGUCGUGUGCAGGUGGGUGUUCGGUGACAUCCGGUGUUGCUUUUAAGAUGGAGAUAUAGCAGGAUGGUAACGUGGCCGUGGCCAUUUUUCUCCCUUCUUGACCCUGAUCUCUUGGGCUAAAUGUAGAGUCUGCUACAGAGGCUAUUCACAUACAGGACAGCAGAUGAGUGGCGAGUGACAACCCCCCAUAUUUAUCAUCUAAGCCCUGAUACACAAUAAAGAUGGAAUCAACCCAGA